AUGAAUCAGUUUGCGGUCCAGAUGACCUAUAACUCUAUGUGGCAUGUUUCUGAGAGAGGCAACGUGAAUUUGUCCAUUCAUAUAUGGAGGUUGCCUGUGACGUCAGGAAAUGAAGCGACUAUAAAUGGGCCAGUGCCCCCAGCCGCCGCCAUUGUCCUUUCUUUCAAGCUGUCGGGAAGUUUCACCACCUACUUCCCCAGGGUUCUGAGGCAUGUUCACAAGGGCCUGAGCCCCUCGCAGAAGACCAUGAGCGUCAUGGAUUCGUUCAUCAAGGACGUCUUUGAGCACAUCGCUGACGAGGCCUCUCGCCUGGCCCGCUCCAACAAGUGCUCCACCAUCAUGUCCAGGGAGAUCCAGACAGCCAUGCGCCUGCUGCUGCCCAGGGAGAUUGGCAAGCACGCCGUGUCUGAGGCCACCAAGGCCAUCACCAGGUACACCUUCCGCCAGUGA